AUGGCAAGAUAUGAAUGGGGCCAUUAUCUAUCUAUCUAUCUAUCUAUCUAUCUAUCUAUCUAUCUAUCUAUCUAUCUAUUGAAACCUUUCUAUGUAUGUAUGUAUGUAUGUAUCUAUCUAUCUAUCUAUUUAUUCAAAUCUAUCUAUCUAUCGAUAUAUAUUCGAUUGAUUGAUCUGAAUAAAGCAUAUCUAUCUAUCUAUCUAUCUAUCUAUCUAUCUAUCUAUCUAUCUAUCUAUCUAUCUAUCUAUCCCAGUCUCUUCAUUAUCUAUCUAUCUAUCUAUCUAUCUAUCUAUCUAUCUAUCUAUCUAUCUAUCUAUCUAUCUAUCUCGUUGUGUUCAUAUGCUUGUAUCUAUUCAUCUCAUAGAAUUUUCCAGACUCUCACUCUAUAUAUCUACUUAUCUUAUCUCAAUCUAUCUCAAUCUGUUCAAACAUAUGUCUGUUUAAAUCUUUCUAUCAAUUUAUCUAAAUCUAUUCAAAUCUAUCUAUCUAUCUAUCUAUCUAUCUAUCUAUCUAUCUAUCUAUCUAUCUAUCUAUUAAAAUACAGAAGUUUCUGCAUGUUAGAUUUUGUACGUCUUUUCUUUAAUUGUAAUAGUUUCUAUAAUAAGCUGGGGAAGUAA